AUCUCUUUGAAGGAUGUUGCAAUUUGUGUUUGUUUUGUCCGUUUGUUUGGUAGGUGGAACUCUGGCUGGUUACCCAGAUCAUUCUUCUGGAAAUGACAUAGGUAAUACCAACAAUAAUGGAAAUUCUUUCGGGUAUGGUUAUUCUGGGAGUUUUUCAGGUCCAGGUGCUGCUCCCGAAAAUUUCCAAUUUCCUCAGGAAUUAUCUAACUUGUUCAAGACUUUAAAUAAGUAUCAAGAAGACAUAUUUAAAAACUUCCAAGCGCAAGCAGCAGCAGUUCAAAAUAAUUUACAAAGCAGAAGCGGCCUACCUGAUGCGGGAGCGUCUGCUUAUGGAGGUGGAUACGGAGGGUCAUUUAGUACUGGAAAUGGUGGAUCAUUUGGAGGAUCCUUUUCAAGUGGAUAUCCAACUGGAAGUGGUGUUGGAUAUCAAUUUAUCCCAGGGCCUUCUGUAGCUGGCACAUUUACUCCAGAUGCACAAGGCGCCUCCGCUUUUGGAGUUAUUGGACCAGGGGGUAUUCAACAAGGGGCUUCUGUUUUUCCAGAAAACCCUAAUGCUCCCAACGUGAAUGUAAGGUUUUCCUCAGAUCAACCAGAUGGAUUCAAAAGUGUCUAUACGUCAAGUUCCAGCUACACUACGAAUGUGGAUGGAAAGCCUAAAACUGUCCAAAAGUCCUCUACGACUGUGAAUGACAAUGGAAAAGUAACAACGUACGAUGCUCACAAUCCAUAGGAAAAUAAUUUUAUAAAUUAAUGAAAAGCUAAACUUACCUAGUGUCUUGUUAAUAUUUUGUUGGUUUAUUUGAAUUAUUUUUUUUUUAAUCCAGUAUAAUAAAAAUAUCUGUAUAGUUUUAGUAUUUAAAUUAGAAAAUAGGCAAUAUUUUGUGUGUUUAAUAAAAGUGUAUUUCUAAUAAAUAAUUUCCUUUAUAUAUACACUGCACCACAAAAAAAACAGUCAUUGAAUUUUGUAUGCUUACCUGCAUUUGUUAAAUGUAUAACUGUCAAAAUUUGUAAAGAAAUAUUCCAAGAAGUAAAGUACGUGUUUAUUUACG